AUGGCCAACCCAGGGAUACAGCUCCUCGGCUUCACACUGGCCUUCCUGGGCUUCAUUGGCUGCAUAGCAUCCACAGUCAUGGUGGAGUGGAAAGCUUCGUCCUAUGCAGGAGACAACAUCAUCACGGCUCAGGCCAUGUACGAGGGCCUGUGGAAGACCUGUGUUUCUCAGAGCACGGGUCAGAUUCAGUGCAAAGUCUAUGACUCUCUUCUCCAGCUACCAGGGAUUAUUCAGGGCGCUCGAGGCCUGAUGUUGUCCUCUAUCUUGCUUUGCUUUAUUGCAAUCAUGGUGGCGGUGGUGGGCAUGAAGUGCACCACCUGCAUGGCUGAAGAGCCGGCGCAGAAGGACAAGGUGGCGCUGACUGGCGGGAUCGUCUUCAUCAUUUCUGGUCUGCUUGCUCUGGUUGGAACAUCCUGGUAUGGGCACAGAAUAGCACAGGAAUUUUACAACCCAUUUACUCCCACUAAUUCAAGGUAUGAAUUUGGAAGUGCUCUGUAUGUGGGAUGGGGAGCGGCAAGUCUCGUCCUCAUAGGAGGCUCCUUCCUCUGCUGCGGCUGCCCAGCCAAAGACUCAGGGAAGUCUCCACGCUACCCAGCGUCCAACUCUGGCGGACCGGCGGGCAGGGAUUACGUGUAGAGGGGAUAUCCCUCACUUCAUCCUCCGCUCAUGGAGGAGUGAUACACAGCAUGUGUGUUCGCAGCUGUUGAAAGGGUUGUUUGUUCAUAGUUGCUGGGGAAAUAAAGGGUUUGGUUUUCGUCCAUUUGAGAAUCCACACAUAGUAAAGACAGAUUGUUGUAAAAGAAAUGUUCUGACACUUUCACAUGUGAACAAUGAAUCCUUAGUAGAAAUGAC